AUGAUUAUCGGUUUGAAGACUUUACUUUUCUUAGGAACGCUCACUUCAUUCGUUAUGGGAGAUGAUUCAAGGACCGUCGUAGCUCCUAAGGAUAUGACGAUUGACGAAUUUUACACCAAGUUUUUGGGGGAAUGUCAAAAUCCCUCAAAACCAUUUGCUAAAAAUGACGAAGAAUAUUACACUAGUCAAUUCAAAUUUAUUGGUAAAUUCCAACAUGAUCCCAAACGAGGUAGCGCAUAUUGUACUUGGACUAGUGGAGUCUUACAAGAUUACACUGAAGAAGUGAUCAGGAAUAUCGGUGGAUCUAUCGAAGACGACGAUGUUAGCGAUGAUGAUGACGACGAAUAA